AUGGCCAUCAAAUGGGUACGUGAUAACAUCGCGAAUUUUGGUGGCGAUCCUUCAAAGAUCACGCUAUUCGGAGAGUCAGCAGGAGCUGCCUCAAUAGUCGCUCAAAUGAUAGCACCAGAUAGUCAGGGUCUAUUCAAGAAUGUAAUUCUUCAAUCCGGAACACUCACUAACAAAUGGGCUAUGAACUCGCCGGCAAGAGCUUUAGAAAAGUCUCAGGAUUUAGUCAAACGCAGUAAAUGUGAAAAAGAUGUGGUGAGCUUUUCACUUUAA